AUGACAACAAAAUCGAAAGCUCAGGAGAAGCAACGAAUAUCGGAAAUCGAUGAAAAUAUUUCAAAACUUUUUGAUAUUAGAAAGCGCCUUGGUAAAGGGGCUUACGGUAUCGUAUGGAAGGCGUUGGACAAACGUACUAACGAGACUUUAGCUGUUAAGAAAAUAUUUGAUGCAUUCCGUGAUGAAACCGACGCUCAGCGUACCUUCCGCGAGAUCGUAUUCUUGAAGGCUUUUCGAACUCAUCCGAGCAUUGUAAAAUUGCACAAUGUCUAUAAGGCUUCCAACAACUUGGAUAUUUAUUUGAUAUUUGAAUUUAUGGAAAGCGAUUUGCACAACAUCAUCAAAAAGGGGACCAUACUAAAAGAUAUACAUAAACGUUAUGUUAUGUAUCAGUUGAUAAAUGCCAUUAAAUAUAUACAUUCAGGGAAUGUCAUACAUCGAGAUUUGAAACCCAGUAACGUGCUAAUCGACAGCAAAUGCAGGUGCAAGCUUGCUGAUUUCGGUUUAGCACGUUCGGUAUCUAAUCGACCUGUACGACAAUGUAAUGACAUGGGGAGUGACAUGCCAAAGGAGCCAUUGUUAACUGAUUACGUAGCUACUAGAUGGUAUCGUGCUCCCGAAAUUCUCGUGGCUAGCAAAAGAUAUACUAAAGGCAUUGAUAUGUGGAGUCUCGGUUGCAUUUUAGGUGAAAUGAUACGGGGCAAACCUUUAUUUCAAGGUAGCAGUACAAUUAAUCAGAUCGAGAAAAUAAUCUCGGCCUUGCCGAAGAUUACUGACCACGAUAUUAAUGCCGUUGGUGCCGGUUUCGGUUCUGUCCUGUUAAGUAAACAAAUUUCUAGAGACAAAAAAACCUCACUAAAUGAUCUACUCAUUGAUGCUACACGAGAUGCAUUAGAUUUAGUAAAAUCGUUACUGGUGCUGGAUCCACAGGGGCGUUUAACGGCUAAACAAGCUUUAGAUCAUCCAUAUGUAGAAAAAUUUCGAAAUUCCAUACCAGAAUUGGAAUUGAAUGUCGAUAUUUUGCCUCCAUUUCGGGAUGAUGUACGCUUAACGGUUCCUGAAUAUAGAUCAAAACUCUAUGAAAUUGUUCAAGUACCCUGCGAUAAAAAUUCCGAAAUGCGCGCCAGUGAUACGUCUAAGCAACGCGAAUCGAAACUACGGCAUGGGCACGAAAGAUUAGAUACUAAAAAGUCAACAAAGGUUAGUAAGCAAUCGUUGACUUUGGAGGAGAAGUAUAUUAUAAAGGAUAAAUUGAUUAUAAAACCUGAGAAGCAUGAAUUUGAAACACAACAGAGUGGCGGUGGCUUAAACAAUGUAAUUAAUCGGGCAUUAAAAAAAUCACAUGUGUCUCCAUCGUCGAUCCCUAAACAAAAGCAUAGUAAGACUGCUUUGAAACCAAUUGGUUUGGAGAGUAGCGAUAUUAAACAUACGGAUUGUAAUGUAGAAGAGAAAAAUUGUGUACGUAGCAAAACCCACGGCCAUCGUCAACUUAAACUGAGUGAGAACAAUGUCGCUCGCAAUACGGGCGAUGUUAAAAGACAUUCAGUAGAUGCUACUGACGUUCCAAAAAAAGCCGAAAGCGGUCGUAAAUUACAGCGAAGCUCAACUACUUUGCACAGUAGAGUCGAGCGUACUAUGCGUGUUUUAAAUGCCGAUCUAAUGGCUAAAGAAGACCGCCCCAAUCGGUUCAUACCCCUGCCAGGAAAUAGUACAAGUGCAAGUAAAAGUAACGCAUCUUUGGGUACAGUGAAUGUGCGCAGCACUAAGUCUGAAGUUAUGGCUGCAAAAAAUGAUAUCGAACAUGCUAAGCAGCAAGAACGUAUUUGUUAUGAAAGACGUUUAAAGAAACUGGAAGAGGAGAUUGAACGUUACAAAAAAGAAGUUAAAUCGUUUUGCCGUGAUAGCUUUAACCAUUCAAAUCGUAAAAGCCAUCACCGCAAAACGUCACAAGAAUUCCUGCUUAAGCAACCGCUUAUUUUUGAAAAGUCUGUCGCCCGAGCUACUCCGAAAAAUUCUUCCGGAACGACAAAUUUACCCAUAAAAACUACUUACUUUCAAUUGCUUACUAAGGGGAAUCGUAAUGACGAUAAUAAAUCCGACUUUGAUUUCUCAGCUAAUAGUGGUACUGGCAGCAGCAACGAUCAUUUUGGACGUUCUCAGAAGGCGCGCUGUUGUUCAGGACGAGAGAAACAAUUUCUAAGCCAAAGUCAGCAACUACCACCACAUCAGCAUCGUUCAAAGCCCCUCUCAAAAUUUAUUUAACAUCGUAAACCUAAUCUUUA